ACCCUGGACAUAAUAAUAAUUCAGCACUUAUAUUGCACUUGUAUUUUUAUCUUGAUGUUGUUAGUCUAUUAUAUGUUGUUGUCGUUCCUCAUUCUAGUUUGACUUGUCAUAACUCUGACCUUCUGACCGCAGUUCUGCGGUCUGGAGGUUUAAACCUGAAGUUUAAACUCCAACUAAACACUGCAAUUCACUUAAUGAAAUUUACGCUUCCAGAAUAUUCUUUUUUUGUCCACACGGUGUCACUGUCUACCAGCAAGACUAAAUAUUUUACAGGGCAAGCAGAAACGCCUACUGCGGGAGAAACCGCAGUUCUCUCCUCAGUCUGUCAGUAAAAUAGCAUUGAGGCGGAGCCCGGGCAUGUCAGGAUUACAUUUAUUUAGAUAAACAUCAUCCUGUCUUAUAAAUUGCGCGAAUGCUUGGAUUUAUCUCCCGCUUGUGUUCGGGCUUGUGAGGGCUGCAGCCAUGGCCGCAUCCGAGGGGCUGGAGAGCGCGCGGAUUGUCCUUCUAUUUUGGCAGCUGCUUUGUCUGCUGGAUGCGACGUCAGGGCAGAUCGUUUAUUCCAUUUCCGAGGAGGUAAGCCAGGGCACGUUUGUUGGAAAUAUAGCGAAGGAUCUGAAUCUAAAACUUCCUGAACUGGAGACGCGGAUGUUACGGGUUGUCUCUGGAUCUUCUAAGCACUAUUUUGAGGUGGAUUUAAAAACCGGAAUCCUGUUUGUGAAUGACAGAAUAGACCGAGAAGAACUGUGCGCGAGCAGCCUCGUGUGCUCUGUCCGGUUGGAGGUCGUUGCUCAGUUUCCUUUGGCAUUGCACCGUGUUGUGGUGAACAUAUUGGAUAUUAAUGAUAAUCCGCCGACUUUUCCGGGGAAGUCUACGAAUAUCCGCAUCGCGGAGUCCACUGUUCCUGGGGCAAAAUUUUCUCUAUUUAGUGCAGAUGAUCCUGACGUUGGCAGUAACUCAGUUAAAACCUAUAAACUUGGUUCAAAUGAAUAUUUUUCUCUCGAUGUAAACACUGAUGGCGAUCGAGUGUCUGCUGAGUUAGUGCUGCAGAAAGCUUUAGACCGAGAGAAACAGCCUGUCAUCCGCCUCCUGCUGACUGCUGUUGACGGAGGAAAACCCCCCAGAUCCGGGACCUUACAGAUAACUGUUAACGUUCUAGAUGCUAACGACAAUGCCCCGGCAUUCAGUAGUCCGUUGUACAAAGUUAGGGUGUAUGAAAAUUCCCCAGUAGGGACGACAAUACUAAAACUGAACGCAACAGAUCCGGAUGAGGACAUAAAUGGUCAAAUCUUAUUUUCAUUUAUCAACGAAGGGGCAAAACAUUUUCAGAACGCUUUUGCAAUAAAUCACACCACCGGGGAAAUUACCGUCAGUGGAAAUGUGAAUUACGAGGAGAGCAGCGCUUAUGAGCUUCGUGUUGAAGCCCAGGAUAGAGGCCACACGCCUCUGGCGUCCCAUUGCAAAGUUCUGGUGGAAAUAAUUGACAAAAAUGAUAACGCGCCCGAGAUUAAAGUCACGCCUCUAUUGGACUAUGUCACAGAGGACGCGGGAAAAGGCACUGCCCUCGCGCUUAUCACAGUCUCAGAUAAGGACGCCGGAAAAAACGGCAAAAUCACCUGUUCCGUCUCUGACCCCUCUACAUUCACAUUGGAAACGUCUUACAGUAAUUAUUAUUCCUUGGUAUUGGGUGCGGAUUUAGACAGAGAGCGCGUGUCUCAGUACAACAUCACCAUCACAGCUAUAGAUGAAGGGUCUCCACCUCUCUCCAGCACCAGCGUUAUCACUGUGCACGUUUCUGAUGUGAACGACAACGCGCCGCGCUUUCCGGAGCGCGUGAUGAACGUGUAUUUAAAAGAAAACAGUCCAGUGGGCGCGUUAAUAUGUACAGUGUCCGCCUUUGAUCCUGAUGAAAAGGAGAACGCGCGAGUGUCUUAUUCGAUGUUGGAAAACCCUUCUAAGACAGUGUCCGUUUCUACAGUAGUGAACGUGAACUCUGUGAGCGGAGAGAUAUACAGCCUGCAGUCUUUUAACUACGAGGAAGUAAAAACGCUCCAGUUUCAAGUUCAGGCCACAGACUCUGGUGUCCCUCCGCUGAGUAACAACGUGACCGUGAAUGUUUUUAUCCUGGAUGAGAAUGACAACAGUCCCGGGGUUCUCCCGCCCUAUUCUGGCCAGGGCUCCGUUAAUACUGAGAGCAUUCCCUAUGCUGCUGAAGCGGGGUACUUUGUGGCCAAGAUCAGGGCUGUAGACGCAGACUCUGGCUACAACGCGCUGCUUUCUUACCACAUCGCGGAACCCAAGGGAAGCAGCCUCUUCCGAAUCGGAACCAGCAGCGGGGAAAUAAGGACUAAGAGGCGAAUGAGUGACAAUGACUUGAAGACUCACCCGCUCGUCAUUUUGGUCUCUGACCACGGAGAGCCUUCCCUGUCUGCAACUGUGUCUAUCGAUGUUGUGGUGGUGGAAAGUGCGGGUGAAAUACAGACGUCGUUCAGACAGCUGCCGGUGAAGGAGGAGACUUUCUCUGAUUUAAAUCUGUAUUUGCUGAUCGCCAUUGUGUCGGUGUCAGUUAUAUUUUUACUGAGUCUGAUUAGUUUAAUCGCUGUAAAAUGCCACCGGACGGACGGCGGUUUGAGCAGGUACAGCGCCCCAAUGAUCACCACUCACCCUGACGGGAGCUGGUCUUACUCUAAAUCUACUCAGCAGUAUGACGUGUGCUUCAGCUCAGACACGCUGAAGAGUGACGUAGUGGUUUUCCCGACGCCGUUUCCGCCUGCUGAUGCGGAGCUGAUCAGUAUUAAUGGAGGGGACACUUUUAAACGGACACAGACGCUCCCCAACAGUGAGAAGGUAAAUUGUGUGUUUGAUCUAUUUCAUAUCGCCACAUCUGCGCGUGUAUUUACUGUUCUUUCAGAGCAAAACAACUGUCCUUAAUUGUCCCUUCCUUUGUCUGUUCCGGUUCUACUGAUGCAUAUGACAGCAGUGCGUUUGUAUUUACUUUCUAAUGUCGAGAUUUUUGUGGAGCAUUUUUUUUCAUUGAGAUAAAAUUUUAAUCAAUAUUUUACCUGUAAUUAUGAAUUUAUAUGUUCGAGGUAAUAGCGACAUUUUGUUUCCUCGCGUAAUUACGCAUUACAAUAGCGCU